CAUCUAUAAACCCACCGCCCCUCCCCGGCAUUGCGAGUGAGAGAGAGACAGAGCAGAGGCCAUGUCUUCGGCAGUUUUCAAGUUGGUGUCGACGGCGCUGGUGCGGCGGCCAGGCCUUGGCCGGGUGCCUCCUCACCUUGGGCUUGGCCAGGUGCUCUGCACUGGAGCUGGAGCUGGUGCGGGCGCAGGCGCCGGCGCUCAGCUGCCACCACCGGCACGGGUCGAUGUGCCAGCCAUGGGUGCUGCCGCAUCCGGCUUCCUGCCUGGCCAGGAGAACUACAUCAUCUACAUGAUCAGCCAACUGAGGAAUGAUUUCAUGGCUGAGCAACGGAGGCUGCAGGACGACAGCUCCAUGCUCCUCCAAGAGGUCAAGGACAUGAGGAGGGAGCUGAUCAGUGGCAAGGACCUCGUUGCAGAGUCCCGCAGGGUGCUGGAAGAGAACGUGAAGGUCCACCAGGAGGUCAAGGACUCCCGCACCACCAUGAAAGCGGACAUUGUUUCCGAGGGCAACAAGGUCAGAAAGGAGAUCCAAGACUUCCGUACUGAAAUCCGGGGCAUGACUGCAGAUUUUAAGUUGUACCUUGGGAAGAUGGCAAUAAGGAUUCUCCUCGCAAUUUUUGGGCUCAUCUUCGCAGGAGUAUCAUUGGCGCUGCCGUAUGUGUGGGAGUUCAUCCACUACUACUGGAACAAGACAUGGGAUACCUUGAAGCCCAAGGAUGAAUAAAUUCUUGCCUUGAUUUGAUUUUCAUGAGACCAUUCUGGCUAUGUAAUAAUUUGCGCAACUUUGUGAUCGUUGGAUCUUCAAAUCAAACCCGUCUUUAAUUGAA